AUGAAUAAAAACAUGAGCGGUCAACGUGGAGGAGUCCAAACUCCGGAAAAUUUAACGUCUGAUGUCGUUGGGGGACGUCAUCAGUCUGUGGUUGUCAACCUGAGUGAAAGGAAGUAUAAACCUGACGACGACAGUAAAAAAUUUUGUUCGUCUGCUCAAUGUAAAACGUUUUUAGGCGAAGCUAAUAGAAAUAGAAAAUUAUCACAGGAACAAAAUAUAAGAAAAUCAGAUGGUUUUUUAAAAACUGGAACAAACGAUAAAUAUCUACAAGAUUCUUAUAAACAAUCAUUUCAAAAUCACGUUGAUAAUUUAACAAAUGUUAUAACAAAAUAUAACAACGCACAAGAAAAAUCAAAUAAAAAAAAUUCGAAACAAGAGGAAAAAUUGAAAAAUUCAACAACAGCGACAACGACGACAACAGCAAAAGUAUCAUCAAAACCAUUGACAAGAUUAGAAAUCAAAACGGAUGAAGGAAUUCAUAAAAAAAUUAUUUUCGGAAACGAUGAAGAGGAGGACGAGGACGACGAUGAAAACAAUUACAAAAUAAAUAAUAAUAAUAAUAAUAAAUUGAAAAUGAAAAAUGUUAACUUGAUGGUAACGGAAAAAUUUCAAGAAGAAAAUUUUUUCGAAAAUUUAUCAGAACCUAAUCCUAUGAUAACAUUUAAUCAUGUUUGCUCGGAAGAACAAUCGGAAAAGGUUAAUUAUGAUGAAAUACGUUUUAAAAAUAGUAGAAGUUCGAGUCCUAUGUUAGAAGUACCCGAGACCGAAGAGUUUUCUAAAAAACUCGUCAACGAAAGAAAAUUAUGUCGGGAAAAGUUAUACAGCGGAAUAUUUGAAAAACAUAGGCAAACACUUUUUGUUUUGGGGACUUUUAUGAAACUUUUCAAAACGACUUCCUCCAGGCGAAAACAAUGUUAUGAAGUUAAAUAA